AUGGGAGAGCGUGAAACAAGACGCAGACUCCGUCAGCCACGAACAGCAGAACCUCCAUCGCGGAACCCGGGCAGUGAGUCCUUCACUCGAGACCCACAGGCUCUCGCGUCUCGCUGCCUUUCCCAAACAGGUCCACUUCCCCCGAUGCGCCACCUGGUCUCGCUCACACCAUUGGCUCGUCGCAAAGUCAGGGGCCCGUAUACUACUACAACGCUCCACUCUUGGGCAGAGGCUACUAGCAUGCUGAGAGCACAACCCUCUUCAGCCGCCGAGACUGGGCGUGCUAAUGCGUGUUAUACGGGACCCAUCAACAACUAUGGUCCAGUCGUCAGGAGGUGA